UCACCCAGCCGGUUUCCUAUUUCAGUUCCUGUAAAUUGCAGUAGACUUGAAUAACUGAAUUCAUCCUCAAUUCUCCGCUUGAAAACCUCAUUCCAUCGUUGACAUCCGUGAAUCUGUGUUUUCCAAUAAAUGAGUGGAAAUGGAAGAAGAAGUGCUCGAAGUAGAAUCAAAUCCUCCACAGAUGUCGAUGAAUUCGAUCGUCGCCGGAACUCAAAACCUGACCGGGAAGUCCGAAAGGACAGAAUCGGAGAUCACAGCUUCAUUAGAAUUUUAAAUGUUAAUAUCAAGGCUCUGCUUGGGUUUGUGGUUUUGGCUUUCUUCAUCAUCUUGUUCCUGAUUCUUCACUUAAUGAAACCGGUUGAAGAUGCUCAGAGACCUAGGGUUGUUACGCCAUUUCCUGCCCCAAAGAUCAUGGAUCUUCCUCAGUUCCAAGGCGAGCACAAGGAGAGCUUGUAUUGGGGAACAUAUCGCCCUCAGGUUUAUCUUGGAAUUCGUGCCAGGACACCCCAAUCUUUGGUUGCUGGUUUGAUGUGGAUUGGAGUAAAGGAUGGAAGAUAUUUCAUGCGACAUGUCUGCCAAGAUUCUGAUGAGCUCAGCACGUAUGGUUGGACACAUCACAAUGGAAGGGAUUAUGGACAUCAGGUGCUGAUUGACCAUGGCAUGACCUUGGCUACAAGUUUCUUGAAAUCCAAGGAGGACGGCAGUGGCUAUGGAGGAGACUGGACGGUUCGAAUUGAUGUGAAAAGUGAGAAGUGGAAUGAGGAAAUGUUGAGAAGUGCACACCUUUUUUUCUAUUUGGCUGAUGAAGAUGGAAAUGCUCUAAGUUUGAGUGGAGACAUCUUGGACAUUCGUGAGAAUUCUCUUCUGGCAUUGGGUUCAAGAAUGGAUGUCGGAGGUUGGCAGCUGCAUUUAGAAUCAGUGGAUGAUUUGGAAGUCCAUUAUUCUGGUUUCAGGACACCUCACAUUCACAAUUUAUCUGAUCUUGUCCAGGAAAGUCUUGGAGAGCAAGUAAGAAAGUUUGGUCGUCUGCAGCUCCCAGACACAUCUGAUAAUUCUCCAAACAUUUUAGUUUUUCAGAUUUCUGCUAAGGUUCCUUUCAAAAUAGACAUUCCUUUUCUAUCUGGAACUGGUUUGAAAAGCUCAAGGGUAGAAGAACGUCUCAAUAGCCUUACAGGUACCUCCCUGACCAGACAAUUAAUUGAGAAGCAAAAUGAAUUUGACAACAAAUUUGAGAAAUGCUUCAAUCUUACCAGCAAGGUUGAUUCUGAAUCUUUGAUUGUUGGUAAGGCUGCUAUUGGAAAUAUGUUAGGUGGCAUUGGCUAUUUCUAUGGCCAAUCAAAAAUUUCACUCCCAAAAAACAAUAAUUUUAAGAGUCAUGAUAAUUUUAUUUCAUAUUGGCCGGCUGAACUUUACACAGCUGUUCCAAGUCGAUCCUUCUUUCCAAGGGGAUUUUUAUGGGAUGAAGGUUUUCAUCAGCUACUAAUUUGGCGUUGGGACAUCCGCAUUUGUUUGGAUAUAAUUGGUCAUUGGUUAGAUUUAAUGAACAUUGAUGGAUGGAUACCAAGGGAACAAAUUUUGGGUGCCGAAGCUCUAAGUAAGGUCCCAGAGGAAUUUGUUCUUCAGCAUCCAACUAAUGGAAAUCCCCCAACUUUAUUUUUGGUUUUACAUGAUCUAGUUUCUAGCUUAAAAAGAAACAAGUUUACUUCCAUGGAAAGCAAUGAGAUAUCUUCCUUCCUAGAACGGGCAUUUGUUCGUCUGGAAGCUUGGUUCCAAUGGUUCAAUACUACACAAUCAGGAAAUGAGAUGAGCAGCUAUUUUUGGCACGGAAGAGACAGCGCCACAACUCGGGAACUAAAUCCAAAGACACUGUCCUCUGGCUUGGACGAUUACCCACGAGCAUCACACCCUAGUGGAGAAGAGCAUCAUGUGGAUCUUAGAUGCUGGAUGCUUCUUGCAGCUGAAUGCAUGCAUUCCAUCACAGAGUUAUUCCAGAAGGAAAAUGGACUGGAAAAGGAGUAUGGUUCAACUGCUAAGCUGCUCUCAGAUUUUGACAUUCUGAAUCAGAUGCACCUUGAUAAGGCACAUGGAGCUUAUUUUGAUUUUGGAAAUCAUACAGAGAAGGUUCGAUUAAGUUGGAAAGAAGUGAGGGCAGGGAACAACUAUCCUACUCGAGAACUCGUUAGAGAAACAUUAGAGAAGCCAGAGUUGAGGCUGGUUCCACAUAUUGGUUAUGUCAGCCUUUUUCCAUUUAUGGAGAAGAUCAUUCCACCCGAGUCAUGGAUCCUAGAAAAACAGCUUGACCUAAUUUCACACAGGAGCACCUUAUGGACCGACUAUGGACUCCGCUCCCUUUCUAAAACAAGCUCAUUAUACAUGAAACGUAACACAGAGCAUGACCCACCUUACUGGAGGGGUCCAAUUUGGAUGAACAUGAAUUACAGGAUUCUUUCUGCACUCCACCAUUAUUCCCAAGUUGAUGGACCAUACAGAGACAAGGCCAGAAUCAUCUACAAUGACUUGAGGGGAAAUUUGAUUAGAAAUGUGGUUCACAACUACUACCAGUCUGGUUAUUUGUGGGAACAGUAUGAUCAAAAGAAGGGGAAGGGAAAAGGUGCACGGCCGUUUACUGGCUGGACAUCCCUUGUGUUACUGAUUAUGGCAGAAACAUAUUGUGAGAGGUAGGGCAUGUCAUUUUUGUAACUUAUCAAAAAAUUGCAAUAUCAAAAAAUUGCAAUGUCCAACACUAGUGAGAGUUCUGUACUACAAUAUUUAACAAAGUAACAACAUUAAUUUAGCUAGGAAUGUACAUUUUUCUCCCAAUCCGGUGAUGUGAGGCAUCCGUAUUUUCAAAUUAUGCAUGCUGCUCGAGAUUUUUGAA